UUAACCAUAGCUAAGAAAAGAACAUUAAUCUGUUCAAUGGGUAGCAUGAAAGGCCAAGAAUGCUCCUCCUCCAAUAUCUCUACUACUUAUCACGUGUUCUUGAGUUUCAGAGGCCAAGACACCCGCAAGGCCUUCACUGAUCACCUCUACACAAGUUUGGUGCAGGCAGGAUUUCGCACAUUCAAAGAUGAUGAUGAUAUAGAAAGAGGAGAAAAUAUUAAGUUAGAAUUGCAUAAAGCGAUUCGGGUAUCAAGGAUUUCAGUAGCUGUGUUCUCGAAAGAAUAUGCAUCUUCAAGAUGGUGUCUUGACGAACUUUUGAUGAUCCUCGAAUGCAAGAGGACCUCUAAGCAUAUGGUUCUACCUGUCUUCUACGAUGUCGAUCCUUCUCAAGUUAAGAACCAAACAGGAGGCUUUGCAGAGGCAUUUGCAAGGCAUGAGAAUAUUGAGGCAGAAAAUGAUGAAGUAAAAAAUGAAUGGAUGCAUAAGGUAAAAGAAUGAAGGGCUGCACUUAGAGAAGUUGCGGAUUUGGGAGGGAUGGUUUUGCAAAAUCAAGUCGAUGGGUACGGUAAUUUUUUCUGU